CUUCAUUCUCUACUUAUUUUCCUUUCAUUCAACCAUUGCAUCCUUUCAACAAUUCUUCCAUUCUUCUCUUCAUGUCUCAUCUUUCUAUCGCUUACCCUCUUUUCUUUCCUUCAUAAAGCUUCCAUCUUUACCCUUUUCUGUUCUGUUAAUCCAUUUUUUUAUGCCAAAAAUUCUUUGCUUAUUUGUGAAAAUAUUACUAGAUUUUUAUUUUUUCGGCUUAGAAAAAAAUACCCUUUUGCUUGGGAGUUCAGAUUUCUCUGUUGGUUACAUCCAUCUAUUCAUUCUUGGAUUUGCUUUCACGUUAAGGGAACGAUAUUGAUGGUUUAUGUUGGAAGCAGAAGAUUUGAUUGAGGGGUUCAUCUAAAUUCUGUGGAUCAUUCUUAAUAAGUGAUCAAUAUCAGGCAUCUUUUUGAUAAAGUUUCUGGAUUAGCGUUGGAUCGGAUGUGUAGCAUGUGCCAUUAUUGCGGUGCAAGCUUGACGGAAUCAAAUGCUGACAAUAAGAAGCAGGGAAAUGAGAAUAGUUUAAAGUUGAAUGGGAAAGUUCCCGUAAAACCUUGUAAAGCAUGUGGAGAGAAGCUUGAGCGAGAAAAUGUGAAACGGAAUAGCACAAGUCCAUAUGCGACACCGCAUAUCAGUCCAUCUGCAUCGCUGUCAAGUACUGACAGCUGUGUGUCCACCUGCAGUGAAUUUUCAGUUGAUGUGAACUCAUUUGACAGGAAUAGUCGAGAAGAAAAGUUAAUCGAAGGUGCUAUGCAAGAUCUUGAUUAUAAGUCAAACGCGAAAUCACAAAAUCCGAUGGAAAACAACAGCCAAGAAAGAAGUAAUGAGUUUGAGGGCUAUACUGUGAGAGACGUGGAUAUUACAGAAGGAAAUAGCUUUCAAGAAGCUAAAGCGGAUGGUUCCGACGAGCCAACUGCAUCCUCCGCUGAAGAAAACGAAUACUCUUUUCCCGAUGAUCUGGAUAUCCAAACUUGGGAACCACCCGAGCCAGAAGAUCCGCUGGAUGAUAUGGAAAAUAGCGUGGCUUGUAAUGACGAUGAUGAAGAACAUGGCAUCGGGAUUGCAAACUGGGGCGAGCCAACCUCCACGAGUAGUUCCAAGGAUGAAUUAAGUGGGGGCUAUAGGUUUAGAGAGGAAAGACAAAGAGAAUUAGAAAAAGUAAUGAAUGGGAAAUUUAAGGCCCUUGUAGGUCAGCUUCUUAAAUCUGUGGGAGUUUCCUCUUCCGAUGAAGGCGAUAAGAGUUGGGUGGACAUAGUUACAUAUUUAUCUUGGGAAGCUGCUGCAUUUUUGAAGCCUAAUGCUAUUGGAGGAAAUGCAAUGAAUCCUGAUGGAUUUGUUAAAGUGAAGUGCAUUGCAGCUGGUUCUCGCAGCCAAAGUCAACUAUUCAAAGGUUUGGUCUUCAAGAAACACGCCUCUCACAAGCAUAUGCCAACUAAGUACAAAAAUCCAAGGUUGCUACUGAUUAGGGGUAUGCUUGGCCAAUCUAUGAAUGGGCUGUCCUCAUUUGAAUCCAUGGACCAGGAGAAAGACUAUCUGAAAUCUAAAAUGGAUCUUAUAAAAAUAUGUCAUCCAAAUGUUAUAUUAGUGGAGAAAACUGUUUCUCGUGAUAUCCAAGAGGCAAUUCUGGAUAAUGGGAUGACGCUAGUACUUGAUAUGAAGCUUCAUCGACUGGAAAGAGUUGCACGCUGCACUGGUUCACCAAUUCUUUCAUGUGAUGAUUUGAACGGCCAAACACUAAGACAGUGUGACUCUAUUUACUUUGAGAAGUUUGUGGAGGAACAUGAUGGUACUGGCGAAGGAGGAAAGAGGCCCACCAAGACCUUGAUGUUCAUUGAAGGGUGUCCUACACGCUUGGGUUGUACGAUUUUGCUGAAAGGAACACACAGUGAUGAACUGAAGAGAAUCAAAUGUGUCAUGCGGUGUGCAGUUAUCAUGGCAUAUAACUUAAUCCUCGAAACCUGUUUUCUAGUUGAUCAGAAAGCAAUGUUCUCUACCAUUCCUCCAGCUAAUGUGGCAGAUAUCUUGCCAAUCCAUCAAGAAUCCAGCGGCUCAGCAUCUAUAAAUUCAUGUGUUCCGUCGUCUCUUGAGCAUUCUGAUGAAAAUGGAAUAGUUAGUACUGAUAUUCCCAUAUGCAAUGGACUUCAUGAAAAUAGCACCAAUGGUUUAACCGUAGAAUCUGAAGAGUUUUCCCCAUUUUCUCAUGAAGCAUAUAAUCCAGCUGUAUUUUCUGGAUUCUCAGCAAUUUCAUCUUCUCUGAAGAAGGUUGUGGGGGAUAGUUUUCCCUUUGCAAAUUCUGCUCCUUACCAGUCUCUAUCAGCAUACUUUGGCUUCAAUGGAAGGAAACCAGAUGGUCAGGUCAACAAUUCUGUUUCUAUUGUGGAAUCUCCGGAAGCAGAUGAAGAUACCAAGAUUGAAGCAAAAAAUUAUUCCGAUGAAGUAAAGUUACUUUAUGACGGACAAACCCUGUCUUCACCUGUGCGCUUAGAUUCCAAGGGCGGUAUAAGUAAAGUUGAUAAUGAAAAAAAAGAACUCCAGAGUAAAGAUGAUAUCAAUGCAGUGUUGGAUUCUCAGAGUAUUUUGGUCUUGAUGUCUAGCCGUAAUGCCUUAACAGGCACUGUAUGCAAGCAAAGUCAUUUUUCACAUAUUAUGUUCUACAAGAAUUUCGACAUCCAACUUGGAAAGUUUCUGCAGGAUAGCCUACUCAAUCAGACAAGACUUUGUGACACCUGCCAAGAAUUGCCAGAAGCUCACCUUUAUUAUUAUGCUCAUCACAAUAAACAGCUUACUAUACAAGUGAAGCGAUUGCCGCCAGGAAUUGUUUUAGCUGGCAAGGAAGAAGGAAAAAUUUGGAUGUGGAGCCGAUGUGGAAAAUGCAAGUCUUGUUCUACAAAAAGAGUGUUGAUAUCCACCACUGCCCGCUGUCUAUCAUUUGGAAAUUUUUUGGAGCUUAGUCUUUCUCACUAUUCAUCUAGCAGAAAAUUGGGCUGUGGCCAUUCUCUUGAUAGGGAUUUUCUCUACUUCUUUGGAUUAGGUCACAUGGUUGCAGUGUUCAGAUAUUCUUCAGUCACUACUUAUACUGUGUCUAUGCCUCCUCAAAAGCUCGAGUUUGAUGGUGCGAUAAAACAAGAGUGGCUUUUGAAAGAGACCGAAACUGUGCACUUGAAAGGCAUAUCACUAUUCACAGAAAUUGCAAACUGUUUGAAGACAAUACAAUCUGAUGGAUCAAUCUCUAACCAAGGAUCAAUAAGAGAGUUCUCUGAGGUUGAGAAGAUGUUAAAACAAGAGCGAGAAGAGUUUGAGGUUAACAUCAAGAUUGCUGUUGCUAUGAAAGGUGAUCCAGAUCGGGCUGCUUUCAAACUUCUCAGUCUCAACCGAUUGAUGUGGGAUCUUCUGAUUGAAUCUGCAGUGUGGAAUCAACGCUUGAAAUCAUUACGCUCACCUGAGAAAGCUAUGCAAGAGUAUAGUUAUUCAAAGGUGGAAGGUACUGCUGGUAGAGAAUCUGCAUCUAUGGGUAAUUUUAGGGAGGAUGAUUCUGUGAUUGGGGAUUCCCAUGCGAAAAUUGUGCCGAACACUUCUGUGGAACUAAAUGAAAUCACAAUAACGGACAUUCCUAUCAGUGGAUCUCCUCGAGAGUGCAAUAAGCAGGAUGAUUAUGAUCCAUCUAUCACUUUUGAUAUCCCUCAGAAUUUGAAAAUACAAACUGUUGAUGGUUUAGGAUCGAAGAGAUAUUCUGACCAAAAAUUGGAAUCGAGUUCAGAUGUUUUCACUCAGUUUCCUUCGGCAAAUGGUCAUCUUCAAGUACAUGGAAACUUUCCAGUUUCUGUCGAUGUUCAACCUAGUCGUUCAACCGCUGAUUUAAAGGUAUUAAACAAGAUUGCUUCACUGCAUUCACCUGUUUCCAACUUGCUCAACUCUACUGAAUGGUUCUGGAAGCCAUUUGCUGAUAUUCGGCAGACAAGCAUACGGGAGUUUCAGAAAAGUUUCUUUCCAAAAUUUGAAUCCUUUUGCAGUUCUAUUACAGAACAUGUGCCCACAGCCGAUCAAUUGAUCAUUGAGGAAGGUCCAAGGUUGCACAUUCCUCUCAAGACAGAUAGUCAUAUUGUGUCUGACUUUGAGGGUGAACUCUCGAGCAUAAUUGCUUGUGCUCUGGCCUUGUUGAAAGAUUCAUCUGAGGUGACAGAAAUUGAUGAGGGUGGAAUAACUUCAAAGUCGACGGAUUUUUCGCAUGGCUCUCAAGAUUCAGAUUCUUCGCAUUCUCCAGGAAGCACGUCUUCAGAAGAAUCACGGGCAUUUCGUACUCCGGAAAACCAUAGCAUAGAAGUUCAUUUGGGUUAUGCAAAAUCACUUGGUAGAGAAAAAUAUUCUGUGGUUUGUCAUCAUUUUAAGCAGUUCCAUGCACUUAGAAAUUGCUGUUGCCCAUCUGAGAUUGAUUAUAUCGCUUCUUUAAGCCGUUGUAUGAAUUGGGAUGCCAAAGGUGGAAAAAGCAAGUCGUUUUUUGCAAAAACACUUGAUGACAGGUUCAUCAUAAAGGAAAUCAAGAAGACAGAACUUGAAGCAUUUUUGGGGUUCUCUUCUCUCUAUUUCAAGCACAUGAGAGACUCAUUUGAGUUUGGGAGCCAGACAUGUCUUGCAAAAAUCUUGGGGAUAUAUCAGGUUACAAAAAGACACAUUAAAAGUGGAAAAGAGGUUAAACAUGACCUCGUGGUGAUGGAAAAUCUUUCCUACAAUCGAAAUAUUGUACGCCAGUAUGAUCUUAAAGGUGCCCUUUUUGACCGGUAUACUUCUGCUGCUGUUGGUGCUGGAGAUGUUCUUUUGGAUCAGAACUUUGUGAAUGAUAUGAACUCUUCCCCAUUAUAUGUCAGUCAUAAAGCAAAGCGAGUUCUUCAGCGGGCUGUUUGGAAUGACACAUCUUUUCUCAAUUCGAUCAAUGUGAUGGAUUAUUCCUUACUUGUUGGAGUUGAUUCUCAGAAGCGCGAACUUGUUUGCGGGAUCAUUGAUUAUCUCAGACAGUAUACCUGGGACAAGCAUCUUGAGACAUGGAUGAAGUCUUCACUUGUUGUGCCCAAGAAUCUACUGCCGACUGUGAUCUCUCCAAAAGAAUACAAGAAGAGGUUCAGAAAGUUUAUGUCUACAUAUUUUUUGAGUGUUCCGGAUGAUUGGUGUUCUCAGAAGUCCCCUAUUCCUUGCAAACUUUGUUGCUCAGGAGAUGACCUUUCCCUACAAAAAUCCUUGCACUAGGGUGUUCCAAAUGGUUUCUCUUUCUAAAUAUUUUUAAUUUCUCAAAAGAAUUAUACAAAAUUGGGAGUUUAUGCGAUUAUGCGACUAUUUUAUUGCGACUAUUUUAGCACUGUAUAUAGUCGGCCGACAUUGUUUAAAAACCCAGCCCUGCUAUUCUGCAAUUUUUAGAAUUUCUAGGGAUGUUGUUAUUUACAGGCUCAUCCUGUUCAACAUGAGAUGAGCAAUUUUUUUGUAAACCCAAGGGAACAUGUAAAGGUUUAUUUUGAAUCAAUGGAAAGUACAUUUUAUAGAGUCAAA